CCCGUAUGUAACACACUAAGGUCAGAUGUCCCAUUUAGGCGACGUCUCUGCUUCCCAGCGGGUUCUAUCGUCAUGCACGGGCGCUUUUAUCACAGCCCUUUUUUUGACGCCAUUCGAUGUCGUUAAGACUCGCCUGCAGGCUCAACAGCGCAGCAUCUACGGCCCAAAGUCGGUUUUCGCGUCUGCGAGUGGCCAGCGGCUGCUGUUCUGUCCGAGUCUGAUUAAUCAGUUGUGUAUAUGCGGGGCGGGUGUUGCAGAUGCGAGUACUAUUGCUGCGACUACUAGACUACACUUUGCUGGAACGAUGGAUGCCUUUCUGAGAAUCCCACAAUACGAGGGAGUUCCAUCAUUGUGGAAAGGACUUCCUCCAACAUUACUUAUUGCUGUGCCUGGCACAGUCAUCUACUAUACUAGUUAUGAUCAAUUGAAGCUGGCGAUGGGAUACAAGGAAAAUUACUUGGGGAAAGAUAAUGUGAACUGGGCGCCUGCUGUAGCAGGAUCUUUGGCUAGAAUCAUUGCAGGUAGCAUUGUUUCUCCCAUUGAGUUGAUGCGAACGAAACUACAGGCCCAGAAAGACUUAAACUACGCAGAGCUCACAUCAGUGAUAAAACGCUCAAUCAGAAGCGACGGCAUCAGACCACUUUAUCGCGGAUUGCCGGCGUCGUUGCUAAGAGACGUGCCAUUCUCAGUUGUUUUGUGGAUGAGUUACGAAAAUCUGAAAACAAUGCUGAAUAAUGCUGUCAACAUCAAGAGCACGUUUGUUCUCCCAUUUGUUGCUGCGACGAUUUCUGGAGGGGCUGCUGGUUUAGUGACACAACCAUUCGAUGUCAUAAAGACUCACCACCAGAUGAGAGUCGGAGAACUUGAAGAAGCUGGUGCUGAAAGAUUUCCCACUAUGAUGUCAACGGCUAGAAAAAUAUGGCAGCACUACGGUUGGAGAGGACUGCUUGCAGGUAUGUCAGCUCGAGUUGUGAAGGUGGGGAUAGCAUGUGCACUGAUGAUCAGUAGUUACGAAUUCUUCAAGUCGUACUUUCGAACACAGAACCGUCUACGUAUAGAGAAUUAGGUUAUAUACAUUCGUAACUCAACUUGUCAUCAUUUGUGCUCCUUGCAAGAAUCUGUAUUGGAGGAAGCA